GGGAGAGAGGUGGAGGGGAUGGAGAAACCGAAACUAGCAGCAACAAUGGUGGAAAUAUUAUGUCUGCUUUUCUUUGGGUGUUAUGUGUUACGCUUUUUGUUUGGGGUUUAAUCACUAUAAAUUAUUUCCGAGUUGGUUUUUUCCAAGGAAAUGUUAUUCACCUCCAUUCCUUCAUCAAUGGCUUCAACAUUUCCAACUCAUCGGAGGCUGAGGAAGUUAACACCACUAAUGUGGAAUUGAAGAAGGCAGCUAUCCUCACCGGAGAACCGCCGGAAUAUUCUCCGCCGCCCACUUCAUAUGUUCCUCCCGAGAUUUUCAAGAAGAGGGAGAACAAAUUAGAGCAGGGAUUGGCUCGAGCAAGAGCGGCGAUUCUCAAAGCAACUUCAACCGGAAGUACGGCGGCGGCGGAGGCUGCUGGCAUCUCCGGCGGGAUUUACCGCAACGCCGGCGCUUUUUAUGAGAGUUACCAAGAGAUGGAGAGAAGAUUCAAGGUGUAUGUGUAUCAAGAAGGUGAACCACCCUUAGUGCAUGGAGGACCUUGCAAGAGUAUAUAUUCAAGCGAGGGAAGAUUCAUUAGCGAGAUGGAGAGUGAAAACAUCACCAAUUUCAGGACUUAUGACCCCAACAUGGCUCAUACUUUUUUCAUGCCUUUCAGUGUUGUGUGGAUGGUGAAGUACAUCUACAAGACCGACACCUUUGACAUAUCUCCUUUGAAACAGUUCGUUUCAGAUUAUGUUAGUGUCAUUUCCACAAAACAUCAUUUUUGGAAUCGAACUUCUGGAGCUGAUCAUUUCAUGCUUUCUUGCCAUGAUUGGGGCCCCAUGGUUUCACAAGGCAAUGCAUUCCUCUACAACACAUCAAUAAGGGUUUUGUGCAAUGCCAAUUCUUCAGAAGGAUUCAACCCACAAAAAGACGUUAGUUUACCUGAGAUUAAUCUAUAUGGAGGUGAAAUCUCACCCAAGAUUGAAUCACCUCCUCCAGAAAACAUAUCAAGGCCAUACCUUGGCUUCUUCGCUGGCGGCGUGCAUGGCCCGAUUCGACCAAUCCUCCUCCAUCAUUGGAAGGAUAAAGAUCCAGAUUUACGCGUAUAUGAAUAUUUACCAAAUGGGGAAAAAGAUUACUAUGAUUUCAUGUUGGAGUCAAGGUUUUGCCUUUGUCCGAGUGGAUAUGAAGUGGCAAGCCCUAGAAUUGCUGAAGCAAUAUAUUCUGGGUGUGUUCCAGUGAUACUUUCUGAACGUUACGUCUUGCCUUUUAGUGAUGUACUAAAUUGGGAUUCAUUCUCUAUUCAGCUUAAUGUGUCAGAUAUUCCAAUGUUGAAGGAGAAAUUGUUGGGUGUUUCAGAAGAGAAGUACAUGAAGCUCAAAGAAGGCGUGAGAUUUGUUAGGAAGCAUUUCGUGUUUAACCAACCUGUUCAAAGGUUUGAUGUUUUCCAUAUGAUUUUACACUCUGUGUGGUUAAGAAGAAUAAAUAUUAGAUUUGAGUGAUUGAUCGAUUGUUUAUUUAUAAAUACAAGUAUAGUGAGC